CAAUUUUACUUCAUUUUCAAUAGUUUCUGAUCAUCUUUCUCAUUUUUGUAAAGUUCCCAACUCUUCCUUUUGUUACAGAAAAUUUUUUACUGCAUGGAAGACGGUAAUAAAAUAGGUUCAACAGCUCAUCCCAGUUCCUUACAUCACCCGGUCCGCGGAGAUGCCUCCAGUGGCACCCUGGGGAGCCACCUGGCAAGGCGGCUCGUGGAGAUCGGUGUGAAAGACGUGUUCUCAGUUCCUGGUGACUUCAACUUGACUCUCUUGGAUCAUCUAAUAGCAGAACCUGGGCUGAACUUAGUCGGAUGCUGCAACGAGCUUAACGCCGGAUAUGCGGCCGAUGGCUAUGCGCGUGCUAAGGGCGUGGGAGCCUGCGUCGUGACCUUCACUGUUGGAGGCCUCAGCGUGAUUAACGCUAUUGCCGGAGCUUACAGUGAGAAUUUACCCGUGAUCUGCAUAGUUGGAGGCCCUAACACUAAUGACUACGGGACCAACCGGAUCUUGCAUCAUACUAUUGGGUUGCCAGAUUUUACCCAAGAACUAAGGUGUUUCCAAGCUGUCACUUGUGCCCAAGCAGUGGUGAACAACUUGGAUGAUGCACAUGAGCUUCUCGAUACUGCAAUAUCGACAGCUUUGAAGGAAAGGAAGCCCGUUUACAUUAGUAUCAGCUGUAAUUUGCCUGGAAUUCCUCACCCAACAUUUGCUAGAGAGCCAGUGCCCUUCUUUCUUGCUCCAGUCGUAAGCAAUCAAUUAGGAUUAGAAGCAGCUGUGGAAGCUACUGCUAAUUUUCUGAACAAAGCUGUGAAGCCUGUCAUUGUGGGUGGACCCAAAUUAAGGGUUGCAAAGGCACAAGAAGCCUUUGUAGAGCUUGCAGAUGCCUCUGGGUAUCCCAUUGCUGUAAUGCCCUCAGGCAAGGGAUUGGUGCCCGAACACCAUCCACACUUCAUUGGAACAUAUUGGGGUGCUGUUAGCACCAGCUUUUGUGGGGAAAUAGUGGAAUCUGCUGAUGCCUAUGUUUUUGUUGGUCCAAUCUUCAAUGAUUAUAGCUCUGUAGGCUACUCUUUGUUGGUCAAGAGGGAGAAAGCAAUCAUGGUGCAACCCAAUCGUGUGGCGAUAGGCAAUGGUCCUUCUUUUGGUUGGGUUUUCAUGGCUGACUUCUUAAGUGCAUUGGCAAAGAAACUGAGGAGAAAUACUACUGCUGUGGAGAACUACCGACGGAUAUUUGUCCCUCCAGGCAUGCCUUUGAAGCAUGGGAAUGAUGAGCCUCUGAGAGUCAAUGUUCUCUUUAAGCACAUUCAGGAGAUGCUAAGCGGAGACUCUGCAGUUAUUUCUGAAACUGGAGACUCGUGGUUCAACUGUCAGAAGCUCCAUCUUCCAGAGAACUGCGGUUAUGAAUUCCAGAUGCAGUAUGGAUCCAUUGGUUGGUCAGUUGGUGCCACACUUGGAUAUGCUCAGGCUGCUAAAGACAAACGUGUCAUUGCUUGCAUUGGUGACGGCAGUUUCCAGGUGACUGCUCAAGAUAUUUCAACUAUGAUCCGAUGUGGACAAAGAAGCAUCAUAUUUCUCAUCAAUAACGGAGGUUAUACAAUUGAAGUUGAGAUUCAUGACGGGCCUUACAAUGUUAUCAAGAACUGGAAUUACACUGCCCUAGUUGAUGCCAUCCACAAUGGUGAAGGCAAAUGCUGGACAACCAAGGUGAGGACAGAGGAUGAACUAAAAGAAGCCAUUGGUACAGCAACCGGAGAAAAGAAAGAUUCACUAUGUUUCAUUGAAGUUUUUGCACACAAAGACGACACCAGCAAAGAGCUGCUGGAAUGGGGAUCUAGAGUUUCCUCUGCAAACAGCCGGCCUCCAAAUCCUCAGUAGUCUGAAAUGUUUAGGGAAUGGCAAAUUGGAAAUCACCGUAAGCUUGAAUAAAUAUGGAUGGACAGAAAUUGCUUGGCCUGUAUGACAUUUUGUCAAUCUUGUUACUUCUUUCUACUUCGUAAAUAAACUAUUGUGAGACAAAAAGAGCUAAAUGAUGACAAAAUGGUGGAUGAUUGUGUUGUCUGUUAGAAGCAGACCGAACAGCUCCCAUCAAUUUAAUCUCUA